AGGAGAGAGGCAAAAACGUAUCAAAGGUUUGAUCAUGAGGGGGUUGUGGCUGCAAGUUCACACGUGGAGAAGGUUGAAUGGACUUUCUUCGCUGUGGAAGAACACUUCCUGUCAUGUGACAAGCAGGGUGAGAUGUACCGGUGAGCUGCACAGGACAGUACAUGAGGGCCGGAUUUCGAGCCCAUGUUUCUUGCCAUCAUCAGUUUUGGGGAAACAGGGUGCAGGCCAGCUUGGAGGUCAAUAUCAAAGCUUGUUUGUGCUCCCUGUGAGGUUCAAAGGCAGCAAAAGUGCAAAGAAGAGCAGUAAAAAGAAGACCCAGGAGGAGGAGGAUGAGGAGACUGACCCAGAGGAAAGCGACUGUGAAGAGGAACUCCAGGAUGACCCUGGCCUGCCCAGAGACUACAGAGAUUUAGAGAAAGCGGUGCAGUCCUUUCGUUAUGAUCUGAUCAUGAAAGCUGGUUUGGACAUGGCUCGCAACAAAGUUGAAGAUGCAUUCUACAGCACCAAGUUAAGGCUCAAUGGACAAAAACUUAUUAAAAAAAGCAAAACAGUGAAGGUUGGAGACAUAUUGGACCUUGUUGUUGAAGAAGACAAAGAUACUGACACCGUCACACUCAUGAGGGUGAUUUUCAAAAAGGUGUCGGGAGAAACCAAAGACAGUGAAAAAUACAAGGUUAUUUUGAGGCGCUGGAAAAAUCUAAAACUUCCAAAACAGGAGGCUUUCAAACAAUAAGGUUCUUCCAUAACUGUUUCUUAUUGGUUAAAUGCAAUACUUGCAAGUAUUGCUUUGCAAGAAUGUUGAAGAUCUCUUUAAAUUUAAGACUGAGGUGCAGAUAUUUCAGUACCUUUGUUUACAAAGAUGUGCUUAAAAUAAGCAGACAUUAUAUAAGGGGCAGAGAUUUCAAUAGAACUGAACUGGUGAAUUUUGUGAAAUAUUCAGGUGAUGAGUUAUCCCUAUCCACUAAAUGUUUUUUUUUCCCCACUGAAUGUUGAAAAUGCUUUUCUAUUCAUACAGAUGGUUCGGAACUAAUGUGCAUACCAUCAUGUAAGCUUUGUCUAAAUAUUUUAGAUUAAUACGAUUUUAUAUUAAUACUAUAUCUCAUAAUGAAUGAAUGUUUACAGGAGGUUUAACAACCUUGUGUUUGACGUGAGUAUACAUAGAAGACGGAGACAAAUAGAUGACUAUUCAUCUCAAAUAAACAGUGCCUAAAGUAUGUCCUGUUUGCAGUUUAACUGACAUAGCAUAUUUGGUGUGCUGCUUUGUAAAGUCAGUAAGUUGGUCUAGGCCACUGCAGUGUAUCCCCAGGGAGGAGACUCAAGUGAUGUUAGUUGAGGUCCAUCAGAUUAAAGUAAUAAAAAACAUGACUUCUGUCAUCAAGUGAUUUUGUAAUAAAAUUCUCCAUCCACAUUCUUUUAUAGUAAUACAGCGAAAUUAAAUUUUAAAAUCUUUUAUAAAGCACAGAAAAUAUGCUUUGGAAUAGCUCAAUCCAAUGCCUGAGUCCCAGCUCAGCUGCAGGGUCAGAAAGCUAUAAAAAUAAGCUUCAGUUCAGUAAAAUACUGGGAGUUUUUUUUUAUUCAUUUAAAGAUUUUUGCAGAUAUACAGAAGUGUGCCUGUGAUUUAAACAUUGAAAAGUCAUACUCAAUUUAAAAAAAUACAUGCAGUCUGUUCUUCACUUUUUUUAUUCUACAGUCCAGUACCAAGUGUUGUUCACUUGGACAUUUUAAACCCGCAGUACUUUGUGGAUUACCCUAGACUACUACUGCUCCCAGGCAUGUCUACAGUUAAAAAACAUGGACUGGUGAUAUAGUUGGCCAAUAUAGUCCUCUAACGUGGACAUAAGAGAAGAUAUUGAAAAGAACUGUACUGCAAAGAUCUGUAUGCUGAAGGUUGAGAGUGUCUCAUGAGUUUCAAAGUUUCUGUGGCUUGGUGUAUGUCUUUUUUUCCUUUACUCAUGAAAUAAAUAUGGAUGCAUUUUUUUGCAUUUAUGUGUUAAGUCUUCUGUUAUCUUGAGGACACCUACCUUUCCCUGAAGGCCAAGUAAAUGGGGCAAAAUGGAGAUGAAGGGAUAUUUUAAUUGGCCAUCUCUACAGCCCGUUAGUAUUCUUUUGGAACUCAUCAUGAGUCUCCCAAACAGUUUACGUAUAUUGUGCAGAGCAGUGUUUUGCAACACAGAAUCCACCUUAUCAGGAUUAUGUAAAUAAUGAAUAAAGAGCAGAUUUUUGCUAGUUUUUUUUUUUUGGAGUGCUGUUGGUUUUCAGACAUUAUUGGUAAGAGGAUUUGUAAUUAACAAGUGAUCUGACAAGCUUGUUAAACAGCAAAGGUUGAAAACCAUGUUGGAGCAACUGGGUAGAAAUGUCAUGGGUCCAGAUUCAGUGAUCAAAGCGACUGUAAAGUGUACCUAGGUUUACCUUAAUUAAGUUCUGGGUAGAUUAUUAAGUGUCAAUCAACAGGCUAGAAAGACACCAUAGAAGAUCAGAUCAAGACACGAGAGAGUGGAGACAGAAGAAAGAACAUAAAGCUUGCCACGCCAGAGGUUCUUUUCCAAAUAAUCCGAGAAGACCCGAUUGAGGCUAUCUGAGCCUUGCUAAGAGAGCUUGCUAUUCUGUAGUUUUUUUUAGAAAACGUGGGUUUCUCGAGUCCCCCGGCUUAAAACGGCUUCUCUAAGUGAGUGCAUUUUAGAAUAUGGAGAUCAUUUCCCAUAUAUUUUGUGGCAUCCUGGUUUGCAGAGAGAUUUAAUCACUUUAGUUUAUAAGGUAUCUUGUGUCUUAUUUCGGCCUCUGUAGGCAUUACAUGUAUUUAAGAGUCAAAUACUUGGUAAGAGUCUGGGAUUUUUCUGGGUGGUUAGGACAUUAAGUCUCUGGGACACCUUGUUUGUAAACUUGUAUUGUACAUAGGUUAACGUGUACGACCAUUGGGUACCGAGAUUUAUUGUCUGCUUCUGGUACCCAAAACACUGCUGCCUCCUCUGUUAUUAAAGAACUUUGUGUAGUGUGUGUAUUGUUGUUGUUAUUGUCAAUAAAUAUUUGUUUAAUCAAC